GGCCAUGGCCAGCUGCACUGCGUCCAGAGUCUUCGUCGGAUUAUGUGGCCGAUGCACAGAACCCGCACCCUAGCCGUCGCAGCACAGUCUCUGGCCCACAGAUGUAUAUGCCCACCGAUGGCCACAUCCACCCUGCUGCAUCAGGCUUGAUGCUAGGUUCUACCUCUGCCGCCAAGGCUCGUGUCAGAUAUGCGUCGGCAGUGCCCAGCGAGUCUUCCUCUCAAAGUAGGUCCAGCACUCGCCGGAGUCUGUCGCCACGGGCAUCUAGUAUUAAGCUUCCCUCCAUCCAGGCCAUGCUGUCUAGUGCCGGCGUAGCAGCGGCUAAUAUGCACGCAUCGUCGCCACACUCACCAUCCUCUUCACGCUCGGCACGAUCCCGCUCCCACACCUCACCCAUGUCAAUGUCAACUCAUCAAGAUUCGGCUUCAGCUGGUCCGAACCUACCACCCAUCCACAACCUGGCACACACAGCACAGGCACUAACUGUAGGAGGAGCACCUAUUCACCCCACUGCCCAGGCUGCCGAUUACAGAGCCGCUCGCGGCAGGGUGCAGCUGCUUGAGAUACCACUUGCAGGCGACCUGAAUGUUCGGGACAUGAAGUUUGGCAUUGACAUGCUUGCAACCGCAGCAGUAUCCGUUUCCUCAGGUCGGGCCAACAUGUCUCUGCCACAUCUAACGCCAUUAGCUGGCCUUUUCAUACCGCACCCUGCCGGGAUUCUCGCGCACCAAUGUGCGUUCGCAGUUGCCUGUCACGCUGUCUGGAGGGCGUCAGGGCUCUGAGCAGGGUCAGCCUAGGGGGCUGCCGACCCGGAAGGUCACGCCCACCAACAAUGCGAAGAGAAAGCCCUCAGGCACAAAGUGGCGGCCAUGGUGAAGGUGCCAAUGCUAUUUCCAGUCCAAUUGUGCACAGUAUUCAGCAUCCACCCAUGGCCAGUGACACCGCUGUGUUGUUGGUCAAGACAUGGGCUUCUUCUCUGCUGCGUCCCUCCCGUAAUUCAGUAUAUAGCCUAUCAUGUUGCUUUGUAUUCUCCUUGCUCUCCGUUGCUAUAUAAAUUACUCGCCACCAUUAUUCAGGAGAAUAGGCAACAACUGAUGUGUAUGCUUGCUUCUCCCCUUCCGGGUAGGGAAUCUGCGUACUGCAUGUAGCCCGGCCAGGGUG